AUGUCUUGGUUGAGAGGAUUUGCCACUGCCAUUCUACUAUCUGUUGUACCGAUCAUAUUCAACUAUGCUUUUGCAUGGGUUGCGUACCACUGGCAACAUCGCAAUGUUAAUGAGCGGCAGAUUCCACCAGGAUAUCCGUCGUUUAUUCCGUACCUUGGAAGUUUCCUUUCGCUUGUCUGGAACGGUGAGCAGUUUCUGCGGCGUGCGACUUCAUAUGCUGGGAAACUCACUGCCGCUCGAGUGACGGUUCUCGGCACCGAGGUUUAUCUCUUCCAAGACUAUGCCAGUAUCCGCAGUAUUUGGAAGCACCAACUGCUGGCCAGUCCCAUGACGGCUUAUGUCUACACGCUCAAGUAUAUCUGUGGACAGGAUAGCGAGUCUCUUGCGAUCUACAGAGCAGAUGAUUCCGGACCCUUCCCAAAACCCCAUCCAGGUACAAAUGUGUCUCCCCACAACCGUGUCGAUUAUAUCACGCAUGCUGGGCUUCUCAGGGGACUUACUGGCCGUGGCCUUGCGCCUACCACCACGAGACUCAGCAGUAUUUUGGACAAGGCGUGUGCACCGACAUUGUUUGAAGAGUGGACCGAGAUGCCAGAUCUGCUCCAAUUCUUCCAACGAAAUAUUGGCACGUCGAUCAUGCAGUCGCUCUUUGGUCCCACGCUACUACGCUUACAUCCAACGUUUGUGGACGACUUUUGGGAAUACGAAAAGAACGUGCCCCGUUUUGCCUGGGGACUCCCGUCCUUCAUGAUGCCUGGGGCAUAUCGCAACCGUCGCAAGCUCAUCAACCAAUUAACGUCGUGGUAUGCUUUCGCAAGGAGGAGCUUCACCGAGUCAAGUAGGGACGAAGACGGCGAUGGGGACGUGUUUUGGGGCUCUGAGUUGAUGCGCUCGAGGCAGAGGGACCUGCUGGGGGUCGAUGGGCAGAGCGAUGAAUCACUUGCCUCGGCAGAUCUUGGGUUGAUCUGGGCAUCGGUCUCGAACAUUGUCCCCUCUGCGAUGUUCAAUACAUUCCACAUUUUUAACGAGCCAGGGCUGCUCGCUCGCGUCCGUAACGUGUUAGACCAACGACGACGUAGCGAAAGUUCGUCUGGCUUUGACAUAGGCAAGCUCGUCAAAGAUCCUCUUCUUUCGUCAAUCUACGCGGAAACUCUUAGAGUGUACGUCAAAACAUAUUUUGUGGCAAGUUCGCCACAUGAGGAUGUUCUUCUUGGGAAAUGGUGGCUUCCGAAAGGUAAAGUUGCUCUGGUCAACUCUGGAAUCUCUCAUAUGGACGAGGGGUUCUGGAACACCAAAGCAGGCACCUAUCCGGUCAACAAAUUCUGGCCCGAUCGGUUUAUCACCUACGCUCAUGACCCUUCAAGCGGCCCUACAAAGCCGGGCACGGGACAACCAAAGCGUCGAGAGAUGACAGGGGCGGACCGACCGAAGACUUCUGAGGGUUCCUUUGACUUGGAUGGGCUUGAAGGAUCUUGGAUCCCCUAUGGUGGGGGACAUGCAAUUUGCCCAGGCCGCUUCCUGGCGAAGACGGCAAUCAUACUAUCAGGUGCCCUCAUCGCCGACCGAUAUGAUAUCGAGCUUUUGGCCCCAUUGCCGCCAAUGAGUUCGGCAAAAUUUGGAUUGGGCACCCAAAAGCCGGGAGACGCAAUGCCGUUCCGAGUUUGUAGGAGGGCUCACAAAGUCGCACGCGCAGGGCGUGUAUAACAAUUGGAGCGUGCGUCGGUGUGUGAAACGAGGCAGGGAAAACAUAUGUACAAGGGAUGCA